AUGGCUUCAAACAACUUACAUGUGCUGCAUGCGCUGGAUAGCGCUCGCACGCAGAUGUAUCAUUUCAAGGCUAUUGUGAUUGCCGGAAUGGGGUUCUUCACAGAUGCUUAUGAUCUGUUCUGCAUCUCCGCGGUUUCCAAGCUCUUGGGACGGAUAUAUUACUAUGAAGAUGGAAGUGGUAAGGUGGGAAAGCUUCCCCAUAAGGUGAACAACAUUGUUAUUGGCGUCGCAUUGGUCGGUACUCUGUCCGGGCAGCUGGUUUUCGGGUGGUUGGGAGACAAGCUCGGCAGAAAGCGGGUUUAUGGAAUCACUCUCAUACUCAUGGCCGCCUGUGCUAUUUGCUCAGGUUUAUCUUUUGGUAAAGGUCCAAAAGCUGUGAUUGGAACUCUUUGUUUCUUCAGGUUCUGGCUUGGUUUCGGCAUUGGUGGUGAUUACCCGCUUUCGGCUACCAUCAUGUCCGAAUACGCCAACAAGAAGACCCGCGGCGCGUUCAUUGCUGCUGUUUUCGCUAUGCAAGGAGUUGGCAUCAUUUUCGCAGGGCUCGUGUCGAUGAUUGUUUCGAAAAUCUUCCUCAACUCUUAUGGCGGUCCAGCUUUCAGCGUGGACCCGAAGAAUUCCACUGAACCUGAGGCGGAUUUCGCCUGGCGAAUCGUCCUGAUGCUCGGGGCGUUUCCUGCGCUCGCCACGUACUAUUGGAGGAUGAAGAUGCCGGAAACAGCCCGUUACACUGCCAUCAUCGAAGGAAACGCGAAACAGGCGGCUUCCGACAUGGGGAAAGUGUUGGAUGUUGAGAUUCAAGCUGAACAGGACAAGGUAUCCAAAUUCAGGGCCGCCAAUGACUACCCGUUGCUCUCCCUGGAAUUCGUCCAACGCCACGGGCUUCACCUGAUCGGCACGACAACGACCUGGUUCUUGCUAGACAUCGCAUUUUACAGCCAAAAUCUGACACAGAAGGACAUUUUCCCUGUCAUGGGACUAACAGACAAGGCCACUACAGUAAGCGCUUUGACAGAAAUGUUUCAGACUUCGCGCGCCAUGUUUCUGAUCGCCCUGUUAGGCACAUUCCCUGGAUACUGGUUCACAGUGUACUUCAUUGACAAGAUAGGCAGGUUCUACAUCCAAUUGGUAGGAUUCUUCAUGAUGUCGCUUUUCAUGCUCAUCAUUGGAGUGGAAUACAGCUUCCUGAACCAAAGAGCCCACAGGUGGUACUUUGCCGCCCUGUAUGGACUAACAUUCUUCUUUGCCAACUUUGGCCCCAAUAGUACCACAUUUGUUCUCCCCGCGGAGUUGUUCCCGACAAGGGUACGAUCCACCUGCCACGCGCUCAGCGCGGCAUCUGGAAAAGCCGGGGCGAUGAUCAGCGCAUUCGGGAUCCAGAACUACACACAGGAUGAAACCAACAGCAAGAUCAAGAAAGCAAUGCUGAUCUUGGCUUUCACAAAUAUGCUUGGGUUCUGCUUCACCUUCUUAGUGUCUGAAACUAAAGGCAGAUCACUCGAGGAAAUAUCCGGCGAGGACGCAGCGGAGGGCGAGGCGGAGAUGUCCCAUAGAACAGCUCCAGUUCAGCCAGAAGCCUCAUGGGAGUGA